UGCUUUUCUUUCAGAGCUGCCCGGAGUUUUCUUGCAGUGCAGCUCUGCCACAUUUCUGCAGGAAUGGCCCUGCUGCUUCCUUCUCAUCCACAAGUCUCAGUGUCGCUGCUUCUGCUGCUGUCCGUGCUCAGCUUGGCUGCAGGUGGGAAGCUGCUGGUGGUGCCUGUAGAUGGGAGUCAUUGGCUCAGCAUGCGGGAAGUGUUAGAUGGAGUCAAGCAGAAAGGACAUGAAAUAGUUGUCGUUGCACCUGAAGUCAGUGUACACAUAAAGCCAACGAAUAAUUUUAUUAUGAAAAUGUACCCAGUCCCUUUCACACAGGAGGAGAUGGAUGGCAGUUUCCGGGAAUUUUCUAAGGAGGCGUUUGCAGAAGGACCCUUUCUGGAAAGGCUUGCUACAAUUCGUCAACGUCUUCAAAGAAUGUCUGCCGUAUACCUGUCUUCUUGUGAGCAUUUACUGUACAACAAAGAGCUCAUCAGAUAUCUUGAGGAGUCUGAGUUUGAUGCUCUCUUUACAGACCCAUUUUUACCCUGUGGGCAGAUUCUGGCUGAACAUCUUUCAAUCCCUUCUGUGUUUCUUUUACAGCAAAUACCAUGUGGAUUAGAUAUUGAUGCCACUCAAUGUCCCAACCCCCCUUCUUACGUCCCCAGGAUUUUCAGUGGCAAUUCAGACCACAUGAACUUUCUCCAGCGUGUAAAGAAUAUUCUUUUUGACAUCCCACAUUCUAUUCUUUGUCAUCUUCUCUUUCAACCGUACACAAAACUGGCCUCCGAGUUCCUUCAGCGGGAUGUGACUGUAUUAGAUCUCUUACGCAAGGCAUCUAUUUGGCUUGUACGAUCUGACUUUUCUAUCUAUUAUCCAAAACCACUAAUGCCAAACAUGAUCAUAAUUGGAGGAAUAACCUGCACUCAUAAGAAGUUAUCUCAGGUAGGUGAUUCCUUGUUUCUUUCUUCACUAGUGUUUUCACUGUAGAAGUUUGUAUCAUUU